UUUGACCGCCUGGGACGGACUUUAACUACGCAUGCGCGAAUUGUACUCUUCCUUUCUGACGCCUGAACGCAAAGAGACGAGAUGGGUCACCAGCAGCUCUACUGGAGUCACCCCCGAAAAUUCGGCCAGGGAUCCAGAGCCUGUCGGGUAUGCUCAAACCGACACGGCUUGAUUCGUAAAUACGGACUGAACAUGUGCCGCCAAUGUUUCCGACAGUACGCCAGUGACAUCGGCUUUGUCAAGCUUGAUUGAUUGUCCAGGACUUGCAGUAAAGACACAGUCAGCUGAAGAUGGCUUAAACUGUUGUUAAUAAAAUGUGAUGUCAUUCCAUA